AUGUCGCCUUGUGACAACGUCAAACAAUUGAUCCAAAAGCUAACGCUAGAGGAAAAGGUUUCGUUGCUUUCGGAAGCCGAUUCAUGGCAGAGCAAAGAAAUAAGUUGUCUAGGUAUCGGUUCAUUCAAGACUACCGAUGGCCCCUCGGGGGCACGGGGACAUUUUUCUGUUGACGGUCCCACGGCUGCGUUUCUCCCUGGGCCAAUAUGCCAAGCGGCCACCUGGUCCAAGGAUCAAAUUCGAUCUAUUGGACGCCUGCUUUGUGACGAGUCCAAGACGAAGGCGUCGCAAGUCUUACUUGCUCCAACCAUCUGCUUAGCACGAAAUCCCCUUGGUGGUCGGAAUUUCGAAAGCUUUGGAGAAGAUCCCUUCUUGACAGGGUCUUUGGCAGCCGAGUAUGUUGCUGGACUGCAGGAGACGGGCGAAGUUAUGGCCACGCCUAAGCACUUCGUCGCCAAUGAACAAGAGUGGCAACGCUUCAGUAUUGAUGCCAGGGUUCACGAAAAGGCCCUGCGAGAGCUUUAUCUCAAACCUUUCGAGAUGGUGGUACGCUCAAGCACUCCUCCCGGGUGUAUCAUGACUUCGUACAAUGUGAUCAAUGGCGUGCAUGCCGACAUGAACACUCAUCUGAUUCAGCAAGUGCUUCGUGGCGAAUGGGGCUACAAGGGCCUUGUCAUGAGUGAUUGGGGGGGUACCAACUCAGUGGUCGAGAGUGCCCUAGCAGGGUGCGACCUGGAGAUGCCUGGCCCGACUUUGAGAAGAGGCAAACAACUUCUCGAGGCCGUCAAAUCAGGCAAGGAAACCGAAAAGCUGCUGGCAGCCAUCGAUGAUUCAGUGGGCCAGGUACUCUCGCUGUGUGAAAGAUUGGGACUUCUAAAUCUGUCGGCUGAACAGGCAGAAGAAACGCGCCAAAAGCUGGAGCAGUCCUCGACGAAUCAGGAGGGCAUCAAGCUCAUGCGAACGGUCGCUGCCCAAGGAGCUGUUUUGUUGAAGAAUGACAAGGGAACAGUUCCUCUGAAAACAAAGUCCCUUUCGCACAAGCAAGUCGCUUUUAUCGGACCCAAUGCGAAGAUUGGAACACCAGGCGGCGGUGGUUCUGCAAUCAUGAACCCGCAAUACCUCAGCCAGCCGAUGGAUGCAUUCCAAAGCGCAGCCAAAUCCCAAGGUCUGGAUAUUGACGUGGUAUAUUCUCAAGGAGCUUACAGCAAGAAGUGGCUUCCAUUGCUCAAGGCAAACCAGUGGGAAGCUUGCACCCCAGAACAAAACAAAGCGCUGAUUCGGAUCGACUUCUUCUCAACUACCGAUCUCUCUGGGCCAAUUCUCGAGACUCAGUAUCGCGACAGCUCUUGGAUUGACUUACUGGACUCGGCUCCAAUCGUACUUCGGCAGGACCGAGUCCCGCCCUAUUCAUUCCGCGUUUCAUCAAGCCUCAUACCUCAAUCGACCGGGACACACCUCUUUAGUGUGGCGAGCGUAGGCGGAGCUCGCGUUUUUGUGGAUGGCGAGCUGAUUAUGGAGAACAUCAACUGGACUGAGAGAUCCGAGACGUUCUUUGCAUUUGGUAGCGUUGAAAAAACCAGUUCAAUGAGAAUGCAAGAAGGUCCAUCAUACAGCGUAGUUAUUGAGGGCUGGACCAAACCCGGCGCGGAGGAGAGCGAGCUGGAGCAUGUCUUCGCGUCACACCCAUCACUGCGAAUCGGCUUCCAAGAAGAGCUUCCUACAGACAUGAUUGACCAAGCUGUCAAGGUUGCUGAUGAGAGCGAGUAUUCGGUGGUCAUUUUGGGACUCGAUGAUGAGUGGGAGAGCGAGGGUUAUGAUCGCCAGACAAUGGACCUGCCAGGAAACCAGAACGAGCUAGCAGAAGCACUGCUGACCAGAUGCAAACGCCCCGAGCGUCUGAUCUUUGUCAACCAGUCUGGCUCUCCUGUCGAGCUACCUUGGGAGAAUAGAUGUAGCACUCUGAUACAGGCUUGGUACGGAGGGCAAGAGGCUGGCAACGCCCUGGCAGACUUGCUUCUGGGAGUUGUCAACCCCUCUGGUCGAAUGCCCAUGUCAUGGCCCCGAAAGUACAGCGACCUUCCUUUUGCUGUGGAUCCAGAAAUGUGGCCAGGAGUCAAUGGCCAAGUGUGGUACAAAGAAGAUUGUCGGAUUGGUUACCGAUAUUACUUGAACAGCGGUAUCAGCCCUCACUUUUGGUUCGGUUACGGGCUGAGCUACACCCAAUUCACGACGUCAAUCACGCUCAAGAGCACGGAAAAAGACUCUUGGGUUUUCACCGCAGACGUUGAAAACGUUGGCGCUGUUGAAGGCCAAGAGGUGGUCCAAGUCUAUGCCUGGUCAUCGGAGCAAGAGUUGGAACGAAGACUGGUUUCUUUCGAAAAGACCUCGAUGGCAGACGACCGGGGCGAGUAA